AUGGUCUUGAUUACUGCUCUAUGGUCCUGUCUUAGAAAAAGAAGAUCAAUUUUGAACUUUUCUAUCUUAUGGAAGGAAGAAUCCCAACAAAAAUCAAAAAAUAUUGAUGCAUUUUUAAAAACUUAUGGAUCCUUAGCUCUCAAAAAGUACACAUAUGCUGAUAUAAAAAGAAUGACCAACGGAUUCAGUACAAAAAUUGGUGAAGGAGGCUAUGGUGUUGUUUACAAAGGGAAGCUAUAUGAUGACCGCUUCGUAGCUGUGAAGUCGUUAAAACAAUCAAAGGGUAAUGGAGAGGAUUUCAUUAAUGAAGUGAUAAGCAUUGGUAGAACUAAUCAUGUCAAUGUCGUGACUCUUUUAGGAUUUUGUUUUGAAGGGAAUAAAAGAGCUUUGAUCUAUGAAUUCAUGUCCAAUGGAUCUCUUGAUAAGUUUACUUAUAAUUGUGCUAGAGAAGUGUCAUUGCCAUGGGAUACACUUUUGAGUAUUGCGUUAGGAAUUGCAAAAGGACUCGACUACUUACACAGAGGUUGCAAUGCACGAAUAUUGCACUUUGAUAUUAAACCUCACAAUAUCCUCCUUAACGAUGAAUUUUGCCCAAAGAUCUCUGAUUUUGGCUUAGCCCGGCUAUGUCCCCAACAAGAAAGUACUAUUUCGAUGACAGUGGGAGCAAGAGGGACAAUUGGGUACAUUGCCCCUGAAGUUUUUUGCAGAAAUUUUGGUGGUAUUUCACAUAAAUCGGAUGUUUACAGCUAUGGGAUGAUGGUCUUAGACUUGGUAUGUGGAAGGACAAAUGAUUUUUCUAAUGAAAUGCAAUGUAGCAGUGAAUUGUACUUUCCCCAUUGGAUAUACAAGCGAGUAGAACAUGGACAUGAUGUUGCAAUUCAUGGAAUCAUGAACGAUGAAGAAAAAGCAUCUGCAAGAAAGAUGAUUUUAGUAAGCUUAUGGUGCAUACAGUCGUACCCCUCAAGUCGGCCAUCGAUGAGUACAGUUAUAGAGAUGCUACAAGGAAGCGUACAAUCGAUACAGAUGCCCCCGGAGCCGACUCUGUCGUCCCCUCCAAGAUUAGUUAACAAUUCUGUUGACAACUUUGUGAACACAUCGACAUAA